AUGAUUCAUCUAUUAAGUAAUUCUUAUGCAGAAUCUUCUCCAAUUAAAACGCAAUGCUCUUCACAAAUAUUUGCAUCACUAAGAGUGGCUUUCUUCUGUGAACUAACGUUCUCGGGUGAUUGGAUGUUUUUAAGUUUAUGGUAUAUGUUAUUUGAAAGCAGACGUCAUGCCAUGCACAUUGUUGUUCUUUUGGCUUUGCCUUCAGCUAUACCUACUGGUAUUCGUAUUACUGGCUGUAUGGCACAGAUUAUAAACAUUUCGAAUUCAGCUGAUUAUCAAUCUAUGAUUCGAUCAGCAACGCCAUCCGAAGAUGAAGAUGAUUUAAACAAUGAAAAUCAUUUUCUCACCCCAUCUUCGGACAUAGAUUUCUCAACAAAUAAUGGCGUUGUUAAUCAAUAUUCAACUGUAGAACUAAAUCAAAAUGAUAAUGAUUCAAUUAAUACUGAUGAUUUAUCACAAUCUACAACACUAAUUAUUCCUCAAUAUCAUACAUAUUUAAAUUUAAGCUCAUCAGGCAGUGAAACAAGCCUUGCUCGACCACUUCUCAAUGAAAAAAAUCAAACAUAUCCAGUCUAUACUCAAGAUGUUAUCAUAAAAUCCACAACAGAUACAUUGAAAACAAAUUAUUGUUCAUUUAUUAAACUUUAUUUAACAGAUAUGUUUAUAUCAGCAUUUAUCAUAACACCAUUUGUUAAUUUACAUUGGCGCGGUGCUUGGGAUUUACUUGAUAUAUAUUUAUUACCGGAUUCUCCACGUACAAGUGCACUUAUUUCACUAGCUAUUGGUUUUGUUAUACUUUAUUUCAUCUAUUUAAUACAAAACUGUCUUCAAAAUUUCUAUGAAAAAUAUCGAAAAAAUCUCUUAGGCCAAGUUAUGGCAAGAUUAUAUACAUUAAUCAUGGCAUUUGCUUAUAUUAAUCAAUGGCGUGGUUUAUGGAAUUUAUUAGAUUUAACAAGUAACAACUGGUAUCAUUUAUUUAUUGAAACAUUUAUAAGUGUUACAUUUCUUAUAAUAAUGAAAUCAAUUUAUAAUCUUAAUUCAGCACCAUUUUUAAUCGGUAUUGAUACUGACAGUUAUUUUAUACUUGGUUCAAAAUAUACUAUUACAGCAAAUCGUUUUUGGCAAUAUACAUUUGAUUUUAUACUUUAUGAAAUUGUUGAAGCACCAUUAGUAGUCAUUGCAUGGCGUGGUUUAUAUAAUCUUUCUGAUCUAUAUAUAUCUCCUGAUAAUAAAUCAAUAUCAAUGUUAAUCUCAUUUACAAUUGGUUAUUCAUUAUUUUUCCUUCUUGCUCUAUUACAAAUUCCAAUAAUUCAAUGUUUAAUUAAAAAACAUCAUAAAAAUGUUUAUUCAUUUAUAUCAAAUGUUUUUCAUUUGAUAGCAUUUAUUAGUGUUGUUCAAAUCUGGCGAAGUUUAUGGAUGAUGUGUGAACAAUAUAUUAAUAUCCCAGGUUAUCAUCAUUUAACACUUUGGCUUUGCUAUAUAGUCGCUUAUGGUGUGUUGACAUGUGGCUUGGCAGCAUGCUCAUUAAACGGACCAGGUGGAGCAAAAGAUAGUUAUAUUGAUGAUCAACCAAUACUUCUAUUUAAAUUUGAUUAUAUUUCAACAUUAUUAAAAACUCAAUCAGAUCAAUUAAAAGCAAAAAAUAUUAAUAAUCUUGGUUCAGAUUCAUCAUCAACAGAAACAAUUAUGCCUGGAGAAUGUCCGUAUCGAUUUGAUCCUCCCUAG